GUGAUUUUAGUGAAUGGAUAGAUUAUAUUGUACUCAGUAGAUUUCGUCUAUUUUUAUUUUUCAGCUGGCGACCCCUCGUCCUAACGAUUGAGACCGCCGACCAAGCGAACCCUGGAGUACAUUCGUCACUGGCUUUCUACUUUUACGUAGUCGGACUCCGUGAUCCCAGAAGUACUUCCAGUUUCAUUGAAGGAGGAUGACCAAGUUCAUGUCUACUCGCGAUUCUUUCAACUUUAGUUGGGAGGACGUCAGUCGAGGCUUCUGGAAGCGUUACCCGAACCCAAAUGCAAAACACGUGCUGUCCGAGGAUACUAUUUCGAGAUAUAUCACACGGGAAGGUUCGCUAGUGACGAAACGUCUUUUGGUCAAGAAGGGUACGUUACCAAGUUAUGCAAAGAUGAUUGUGGGUGAAGUAGCAUCCAGGACCAACAUUGUGGAAGAAAGUAUUAUUGAUCCAAUUUCGAGAACAAUUACGACGUACACGCGAAAUAUUGGCCUUACUCAUAUCAUGCAAAUAGAAGAGAAAUGUGUCUAUCGGCCGGAUCCAGUAAGUCCGUAUAUGCGAACCAUCUGCGAGCGCCAAGCAUGGGUUUCGUCCGGCCUCUCAAGAGUUUCAAAAAUUGUAACGGAAUUCGGCCUAAGCAGGUUUAAGAAGAGCACGCAGCGAGCUACAAAAGGACUCAUUCAUGUAUUGGAGCAGUUGCGCUUGGCGGGUCAAAACCACAGUGCUCCCUUGGGCCCCCUGGGAACAAUGACAGCCAGUCAACAAGCGAUGCAUCAAGCUACGGAAAAGAUUAAAGAGAAGGCGAAAAUGGCAAGGGGCAUGGCCAAAAAUCAGAUUCCCCUAUGUCGCAGUGGCUGAAUCAUAGCUGUCGUAAUAGUCAUUUGAAUGGAAUGAUGCGUCCAAAGUAACACCAAUAUACAUACACACCCAUUACACAUCCAAAAACAUAAUAUACAUAUUUACUGUAUUUAUAUUGGGUCCCAUUUUCAAUUAGGAGAUCAUUUUUAAUUGGGAAAGACCAGGCAAGUAAAGGCGACACGGCUACUUUCGGGGGAUAAUCAUUGGGCAGUUUAGGCAACAAUAUUAAGACCAACUGUCUCGGCCCGUCGUUUGGCCAGCGAGAUAAAUCACUUGAAGUUUUAUAUUUUCGUUAUCAUCAUUAUCGCCUAGAAGUUCGUUCGUGAUUAUAGGUAGCUGUGGUCCUGAUUGCACAGAAAGGUCGCUAUAGGCGGUAGUACCUACUGAAGUGUUCUUGAAGCACGGAUUUGCUAUUUUACUAACCCGGUUCCAUCUGCUUAAGGAGUCUUGUGCGGCUGUUUUUUAAAUAUUGCCAUCCGUUGGUUAAUUUAUCACAACGAUAGAGUUACUAAUGUAAUAGGCGAAAUUCUAGCAAAAUAGUGAAUAACAAGGACUGACAGGAUUCGUUCAAACGUUACUAUUUUUCGAUGAAGUAAAAAAUCCGUUGUAUCAAUAUAGUGUUUUUUUUAUGACUAGCUGUACAUGAUCAUUAUAAUAUAAUAAAGGAAAUUUUGCGUAACUACAAGGUGUAUAUAUUAGUCAUUGUAGAUUGUAUCACUUCAGUAGAUUUCAUUCAGGCGUACGUUGCUACUUAAGGCUAUGCCAAAAAUCAUGUCAGCAAAGCAUAUCAAACUCAAGUACUAAACAUUAUGUCACUUAUUUAAAAUAAUUUUAGGUUAGUUUAGUUGACUGAAGGUAGGAAAACGGCUGUGAGUUUAUUAUAGUGUAAGGUAUAUAUAAAUAAAUGAAAUAUCCGACAAGCAAAGUUGGCAUAACAGCAAAUUAUAUAAAAUUGAAAUAGUAUAUCGCGUCAGGCCUAGGGUAUCGACAAUCAGGCCAUUUUGUUAGACAAACAAACUUGAAAUAAAUGCAAGAAAUAUGUUCACAUACAUAAGUGUGCAGAGCAUCACAGCUUUUUGACAUUUUUUUCACAGGUUUUUGGUUGUGAAAGUUUUUAAAGAAUACCAUUGUCAUUAACGACAAUAAACGAAAUGCACCCAAAUUAUAUAGUCUCCUCUGGACAACGCGAAACGGGUCUUCAUAAUUGGGCUGUGUCAAUCAACUGCGAUAAGUAAAAAAAAACAUCUUUGAAUCAGUAAGUCUCUAAUGAGCUACUACCAGACGAGCUGUCCAAUAAGAAUACUGUAAUCUUCAUCCUUAGUGGAUAGAGACCGGUUCAGGAAAUCACCCUAACAUGGCUAAAUUUCGACGAUGAAGCCACUAAUUGCGAACUUCAUUGAGAAUGACAAUAAAUAACCCACACGGAUGUGGUUCACGUUGCAACUGCUCAAGUAUCGAUUAAGAGGCAACGAAAUAUCAAGUGUUGUACUAACUAGGAUGUUUAGAGCACAGCCAAAAGCCAUUUCCAAAGUGAGAACAUUGAAGUAACUAACUUAGUCCCAUAGGUUGCAUAAACCCUGGUGGUGAUUGAUUCAAAAUUAUUAGGAAUAUUUUUUAUUCAAAAUUAUUAGGAAUAGACGAGUAGUGGCAAUCUCCGGAAGUAACUAAUUGCAGAACAUCUUAACAGAUGCGAUGAGCCGCUGAAUGUUGAGCUACGAAGCUGUAGCGAAUAGUCUAUUCAGGAAACUGGUAGCUAAAUAAAAUUUAUUAGCCCUUUUUAUUGUAAAUCAGAUUCGUUGCAUAGUACACAUCUUAUUGCGAGCAGAACACUUUUGAUAGAGAAGGUGUUUUGUACAUAAAACAGGCAUUGUAUAAUAUACUCAAAUCGCUAGCGAUACUUACUAAGCUAGUAGAAAUUCGUAAAAUGUCUACGGGGCUAACAAUUAAUCGAUUAUACGGAUAUUUGAAAGCACUCAAGUCAUCACUUGUAGUUUUACUUAAAAGAUGGUUUUAAGAAUGUCAACUAAAAACCUACUUCAAACAGAUUGGUAUUAAACGUUUAUAUUUAUCAGAGAUAUUUCACACUAGACUAAAGAUUCUUUUCAUUUUUUUCUUGAAUACAGGAGUGAUAGUUGCACAAAUGAGCACUUUUAAAAUUCCAUUGUUUUAGACACGCAUGUAUCUAAGAAAUUCGACGCGAUUCGGCUUGCUAGAUUUUUUCUGACUGGAUUUUA